AUGCCGGUCCUGUCAAUUGUGCUGACUCCACUGUCUCCCCCGGCAACCUUGGUGCCUCAUGCAGGGAACAUCAUUGGCUCUGGAAUCUUCGUCUCGCCGAAAGGUGUGCUGGAGAACGCUGGCUCUGUGGGCCUCGCUCUCAUUGUCUGGAUUGUGACUGGUCUCAUCACAGCUGUGGGAGCCCUGUGCUACGCUGAGCUUGGGGUCACCAUCCCCAAAUCUGGAGGUGAUUACUCCUACGUCAAGGACAUCUUUGGAGGACUGGCUGGGUUCCUGAGGCUGUGGAUUGCGGUGCUGGUGAUCUACCCCACCAACCAGGCUGUUAUCGCCCUCACCUUCUCCAACUAUGUGCUGCAGCCGCUCUUCCCCACCUGCUUCCCCCCAGAGUCUGGCCUUCGACUCCUGGCUGCCAUCUGCUUAUGUAAGUGCCAUCUGGGCCUUGCUCUCAGGAUGGCCUCUUUCAGCCUUCCUGGCGGCCCACAUCUCCGAUUCUCCUGCCUGUCCCUCUUUCUUUCCUUCCCUCCUUUAUUUUUCCCCCAUUACUUCCCUACAUGGCCCGUGCAUACACCAUACACUGUGCUGGAGGCUCCCUGCUGCUCGCAGGAAGAUUUUUCUGGCUUCAUCCACUUCUACCUCAGUCUGCCAGCUCACAUCUUAAAACUCUUUGGGAGGAGAGUACUGGGCUGGGAGGGAACUUCCUUGGGUGGUCUGUGGGCCAUCCCAGGCUUACCUGCUUUUCUCUCUACCAGGCUGUUCUUUGCUGGAGCCAGGGAAGGCCACCUUCCCAGCGUGUUGGCCAUGAUCCACGUGAAGCGCUGCACCCCAAUCCCAGCCUUGCUCUUCACAUGCAUCUCAACCCUGCUGAUGCUGGUCACCAGCGACAUGUACACACUCAUCAACUACGUGGGCUUCAUCAACUACCUCUUCUAUGGAGUCACAAUUGCUGGACAGAUAGUUCUUCGCUGGAAGAAGCCUGAUAUCCCCCGCCCUAUCAAGAUCAACCUGCUGUUCCCCAUCAUCUACUUGCUGUUCUGGGCCUUCCUGCUGAUCUUUAGCCUGUGGUCAGAGCCCGUGGUGUGUGGCAUUGGCCUGGCCAUCAUGCUGACAGGAGUGCCCGUCUAUUUCCUGGGUGUUUACUGGCAACACAAGCCCAAGUGUUUCAAUAACUUCAUUGAGUCGCUAACCCUGGUGAGCCAGAAGAUGUGUGUGGUUGUGUACCCCGAGAUGGAAGCAGGCUUGGGGAAAGAGGAGAUAAAUGGGGACACAGAGGAGCAGCGGCGGCCCAUCUACCAACCCACUGCCUCCAAGGACAAGGACUCGGAGCAGCCCCAGCCCUGAGGACCACCAUCCCCUCUCAGCUGGCUCCUUCCUCCUAUACCCUCUUUUUGCCCUCCUUCCCUGCCUGGGUCUCCCCAACACACACACACACACACACACACACACACACACACACACACACACCCUCUGCUUCUGUCAAGCAGGGACAGGACCUGGGUAUGGGUGGUAAGAAACUAUAAACAAAGACACUGACAUUUGUACCCAAAGAACCAGCCUCUCACCACUAGGGCCGGUGUCCUCACCAGGGCUGCUCCAAGCAGUGGGAGGAGAGUGGAGCUGCUGGGGGUACUCUACAGGGCCCUCCCCCCCCCACUUCCCUCCUCAGGAGCCCAGUUCAGUACUGCCUUCCCUCCCCAUUCCUGAGCCCAAGGGAGGCCUCUGCUCAGAGAAGCGGAAGCAACAGUGAGUCAGUUGGGGAGGGACAGACUCAAGCAAAUCUGUCAUCUUUAAAGUCAGCUGGAGAGACCCUUAUCACUCUCCGUUCACUAGGGACCCAAGAAAUCAGAGAGAUGCUUCCCUCUGCCCUCUCCUCUCCCCCUCCCCAUGGUACCUCCCCCCACCUCAGCUUGGGCUCCCUGUCCAGAGCAAGGUUCCUGGCAGGACACCACCUCCCUACUGAGCUAAGGACCAAUGAGCAGGAGAACUGCCCCCUCCCCCUAACCCAAGCCAGGCCUGUGGAACAGAUUGGGAAAGGCUCAAAUUGCAGAAACCCAGCCCUGCCCUGGUCUCCUGCAUCCUGACCCCCACUCAGUGCCAAAGCUUCCUGAAGCCAGAAAGUCUUCUUAUUUUCCAUGUAGUGGACAUUUCUCCCCUCGGGCAAAGCUGCUUAGCUCCUCCUCCUUCCCCACUCCAACCAGAAGGAGCAGUCACUCCAUGAUCCCUGCAGCUAUGCCCCCAACGUACCCCCAUGGAGCCAGCACUGCUGGCGCCCCCAUCAUGCCCUUUUCCUCUUCUCUGGCUUGGCUCCGGGACCAACCGGUGUGAAGGCUCCCCAAGCCCUUCAGGCCCGAAACCCAAGCCAAAUCAGCCUUAAGUCACCUCCCAUCCAAGAACUGGACCUAAAAAUACUCCCUGAUUUCUAACCCUCAGGACAGACCUGGUAUGAAAAGCCUUCCUGGAAUGGAGGGUGUUUUCCCACCCACCCCCCAGAAGUGUCCAUCCCGUAACCUUGGAGACUGGGGCGGGAGUGUCUUCUGAAGGCCAUUUCCUUCCUCCUCCCCCAACUCAGACACCCCCCUUUCUGGUCCCACCACCGCCCUGUCUUUGGACAGCCUCUGGGACAGGAUGAAAAAGCAGUGGCAGAAGGUACCCAUUUUGGGGAGCCAUUCUCUGUGGCAUGUGGACUUCUGGCCAUCCUGUGGGAGAGGCUUCCUUUCCCUUCGCUCCAAGGGAAGGCCACCGUGUUUACCCUGGGCCUUGCAGCCUCCCUGCCACACUUGCUGUGCUAAAGACUAGGAUCCUUUCAUCCCAAAGCAGGAGUGCCCCCUUUCCUACCUCCCCCUACCGUCUGUUUAGACUAGAAUCUGUGGGGAGUCCUCCUGGCUUGCUUGGCUCUCCCAGCUUCCCGGCUGGCCUGCCUGACCCCAACCCCACCCCCCACCCCCCUUGGUGAGAUGCCAGGUUUGGUUUGAGUUCCAGUCCCUUCAGAGUAGACCCCAGGUGGGCUGGGGCUGGCCCCUGGAGGGUCAGGGGACCAUCCUCCUCUUCCCUCUUCUCAUUCCUCCAACCUCCAUCCCUCCUUCAGUUGUUGGGGUUUAUUUGUUUGUUCAUUUGUUUCAUAAAGUGAAUGCCUUACUUUUUGGAUAAAUAUUUUUGAAGCUGGCGUUUCUAUUUCUUUUGGAUUUUUUAAUGUAAGGUGGUUUGGGGUGGGGAGGGCAUUAGUUAUACCUGGAUGAUAAUCUUCUGUCUUUGAGUUGGUUUAGGGUUAGAGUUUAUUUUGUGGAGGGUUUUUUUUUUUUCUUUUGAUGUAAUAAAAUUUUAAAUGGAAA